AUACACUGUUGGUAGUAGAGUCAGUGGGAGUACAAAUAAAUAGUAAAAAAAUAUUUUCCGGCUUCAACUCCAGUCAAUAUCUACCUUGGACCACUGUCAAGGACGUCUUUAUCAACGAAGUUAUAUCCGGGCAACGGGUGCUGUACUUCUUGACUUUCAUAGUUGAGGAAAGCGUCAACGGCGAAGAAAAAUCCAGACUGGUUCCUCUGUUUCGAGAAUUAAAACCAUCGAAGGAAUGCCUGGAAUACGUAUAUGGAGUAUUGGCAAGUCUGAUAGGACCGGUCAAGUACAGGCCCAGCCCACCUUGAAUGUCCCUGGCUCGUAUUGGCUCUCCAACAAGCAAAACAUAUACAAGUUCACCUUUAAAUACAACGAAUCUACAAGGUAUACCAAAGAAUUUCCCUACAAAGACGAAUUGAUGAAAAUCAUCAGACGAAUUAUAAAAAGUCAACCCAGUCAAGGUGAACUGAGCACUGUGCACCUUUCGAUAACUUACAAACACACGUUUUGGACACGUCAGGACAAAAUGUUUGCAAUGCUGAAAUUUUGCAAUCGACAAGGCGCUGCAGCUUUUCCUCAAGCAUUUAUUCUGACUAUUUCUAUUGUGGACAAUCUGGCAAAUCAACCAUCCGGACGGGUAACCCAGGGUGAUCCGUAUUUAAGGUGCCAAGAUAGUAACUUUUUUCAAUCAUCGGCAAUCUCAUCCAGUCCUGCCGUAAUAACCCUGUCUGACCAAACCAUGCUUCCAUGGGCCAAGGCUAAUAUCAAUCGUACAAAACUUACAAGACUUCCAAGCUGUCGCAAUGAGAUUACGACGACAGAAAUUGUAGCCGUUGACAUAAGUCCUAGCCAGAGGACUUGCACAGGUAGCAACUUCGAUAGCUUCACAAAUCUUCAUGAAUCAUUGGAGGGUACGCCGACCAAGUGUAUAAGUAGAAGUGGGCCGCCGCGGCCAGAUACGUGGACAAGGCUACAGAGCCAGGUUAAAAAGUAUGAUGACACACAAUUAGUAACUGCUGACGACAGUAUGAAAUAUUCGCAGGACACCUACAGUGCUCAUCCACAUACGGAGCGGGGCAAAUUGUCAAAUAGCCCUGUAAUGGACAAGACAAACAAGCGCAAAGAUGACGAAGAAACGGAGGGUUCGAGGACAGAAUCAGAGAAAAUAUAUCCACGUUCAUCGAAUAUCACCGAUCUAGUCAUGGGAGGUUUGAUGUUCACCAUCAAGCAGGAUGAGGACAAUGUGAAAGUGGUGGAACAGAGGACGAAAAUGGAAUUGGAUGAAGUUUUAGAGAACUCUGAAAAAAUUGAAACAAAAGAGGGUUCAAGAUGUUUGGUAAAUUCUAGUCUUCUUGGAUUGGAGAACCUUGUUACCAACAUUGAAAUACCCGACAGUCACCUGAAAAUCCUACCAACUAUUAAUAUCGCCCCCACAGUCAGCCGCGAGACUUUCUUGGCUUAUGAUCAACUCGCGAAUCGUGGAGGCAUGCUCGUUGAAGGAGUCCCGCCAGUUCGAACCGCUGGCAAAGAUGAGAGGACAGAUGUUAUUCGUUGCAAGAGUCAAAGUUUGACGAAAAGUUAUAAUGAAAUCGCUAACGGCGAUAACAGUGACGCUGAUAAGAAUGGCAAUAAUAAAAAUAUCAACGGCAACGACAAUAACAAUAAUUACAAUAUUAGUAACAGUAUCAAUAAAAUCACAGGGAGCAAUGUUCAAAUAGAUAUGUUGAAAUUGUUACAAGAUAUAACGCAUGGUGCGAAAGUUAUGGUCGAACGGAUCAGCGAUGCCGAUGUAAGGAAUGCAAAGAAACCUUUGACAAACUGUGGAUCCGCAAAUACAGGCAGGUCCGCUCGUAGUUUAUCUCGAAGUACAUAUUGACGAUGAUUAAAAAUGUAAUUUGGCAACUGCCAACACGUAAUAUAAUGAACAGAAGUAUAAUAGGGGGGCUUCGAACUGAGCAAAUUAUACAAAGACCAUAGAUAUUCUUACCGUAUGAAAUUAACGAUAGUACUUGACACAAUAGAAGUGCGAAGUAUGUUUAAGGAUGCAUUAUGCGUAAACACAUAGCUGUGCGUAUGACAGCUUCAAAAAUACAUGAAACCUAACUCGUUACGGACGAACUAGAUUAUGUAAAAUUGGAAACCUGCCAAUUUCUACUGAAAGUCCCACUUACUGACAACAUUGGAUCAAUUAAAGUCUUCUAC